AUGACGUCUACGAAUUGGUCUCAGUUGGCUGUUGUUGGUAUUGCUUCCAUGGUGACAGGAUUCUGUCUUAACCAGAUCCUUAGUUCUGCAACGGCAUCGCCAGAAAACUCGUCCUCCAAUAAGUCGAAGAAGUUGAAGAACCUAAAUGAAAAAACCCCCAAUGAAGAAUUGGAAGAGGAUUCUGAUUCGAGUGAAGAUGAAGGAAUUGAUAUCAAUUCGACCUCUUUAAACGAAAUUCCUGGUGAAGUUCGAAUGACUUUAGUGGUCAGACAGGAUUUGAAAAUGGGCAAAGGUAAAGCUGCAGCUCAAUGCCUGCAUGCGGCAUUAGCAUUAUACAAGAAGAUAACCAACCCUGAAUCUGAAGCUUAUAACCCAGAAAUGGUUAACAGAUGGGAAUAUGCUAAUGGACAAGCCAAAAUCACCUUACAAGUUCCGAAUCAAGAAGAAAUGGAUACUUUAUUUGCACAAGCUAUGUCUUUGGGAGUGAAUUGUUACAUUGUCCAUGAUGCUGGUAGAACCCAGAUUGCAGCAGGAAGUGCCACUGUAUUGGGUCUUGGGCCUGCUCCAAAAUUAGUAUUAGAUGAAAUUACCCUGGAGUUGAAGUUAUACUAAAUUGGUCAUCAAAAAAGGCACAUUGCAUAUAUAGUUCGAAUAGUAAAACAGUCAUCAAGUUUCAAUGUAGGAUCAAUCAUCAUAUUGCUGCAAAUUUUACAUUAGAAUCUGGAUAUUUUAAAGUACGUG